AUGGAAAUAGUGCAUUUUGAUCUCCUAGACCAUAAUCCGAUCCGUGAAUACGAAUUCUUCGUGCAAAUGUUCGGCAGCACCGAUCAUGUUCAGGUACAAACGCAGACGGGUGAUGAUAAUAUGGAAUGCUACUGUCAAACGGAUGGGCCGGAACGGGAAACCAUUUGGACCCAAAUCCCAUAUUCAGAUACACAAGGCUGGGGCACUGUGUCUACAGUGGAUGCCAGCAGCUAUCAGCACCUAAAUGUCGAAGACCCAGAACUAAAACAUUACAAAACCAGCUAUUUUCACAAGGAGAGAUUCCGCAGAUUCAUUUCAACUGCUGGACAGGUGUAUUUCUAUACAUAUUCAAGACUGCCUGUAAUUUAUAUACUGGUUAAUUGGAAUCCCAAAGAUGCUUUAGGCCUUGAAGAUUCUGUAAAUUUGUAA